AUGCGCUUCCUCAUCAUCGGCGCCUCAGGCCGCGUCGGCGAACUCGUCGUCCAAGAAGCUCUCUCACGAGGCCACUCCGUCACAGCCCUCGUCCGCAACCCCUCAUCCCUCUCCACCACCAGCCAGAACCUCACCAUCGUCACCGGGACCCCGCUCUCCGCGGUCGACGUAGGAAAGGCCUUCACAGCAGUCCCAGAUUCGCUACCCGCAGCCGUCAUCGUCACGCUGAACAACGCCCGCGCAAGCGACAGUCCGUUUGCAAAACCCACAUCGCCACCUCAUCUAAUGCACGACGCGCACAUCAACAUCCUCUCCACUAUCAAAACCCACAGCUCCACCACACAAACCAAACUCGUCACCCUGCAAGCCCAAGGCGUCGGCUCGUCGUACGCCUCGCUGUCCUGCCUCAUCAAGCCGCUGAUCCGGUACUCGAACAUGGGCGUCGGGUACCAGGACCACGAAGCCGUCGACCAGCUGGUGCGAGAGAGCGGGGUGAAUUUCGUCAUGGCGCGGCCGACGCGGCUGGCGGAAGGGGAGAGGAAAGCGUUGCGGUUCUUUGGGGACGAGGGGGAGGGAAUUGGCGGGUUCGAUACGGUGAGCAAGAUGAGUGUGGCGGGGUUUUUGGUGGAUGCGGCGGAGGGCGCGGAGUGGGAUGGGAGGACGCCGGUUUUUGCGAAUUAG